UUUGUUUGGUGUUUUUUGGGUUGUUUUUUUUUUUUAAUUUAAUUUUUUUUAAUGUAACAGCGCUUUAAGAGCUGUAAUGUAAGAGCACUAAGUAUGUAAAAAAAAAAUGACAAAUUAAAAGCUAAUCUAAAAAGAUGCGUUUGGAGGUCCGCUUUAAAACUAGACAGUGAAGUACAUUGUCUGAGUUUAAAAGACAGAGAGUUCUAGAGACUCGAUGUGCAAAUAUACAACCAAUCAAUCAUUUGUCAUAGGUGGAAGAACUUGUCUCAAUCAUAUACAUCACAUUCAUUGAUGAAGUUACAUAUUAUGAAAUCAUGAUAUAUUAUGAGGUCAAGGUGAUGGAUCUACGAAACACAUUUAUAGAUGUUGUAGGAAUAAAUUAAUAGAAAAAAAAUAUUUGGAUUUUCCUGACUCUGUGCUUUAUACUUCCCAAUGCACAACAUGACCUAUUCAACAUAUCAUGAGCAUUCAAUUUACUUUACCAGCACUAAACAAAUAUUGUAUGUGUUGCUCUAUUCAUAUGUAGGGAUUUCAACAUAUUCACGAACCUUUGAUAAAUAUACGAUUUAGACAAUGUUGCAAAAUACUACAAUGUAGGUUCAUGACUCAUAAAAUAAACAAAGUAAAAUACUAAGAUACCAAAAUACAGAAUUUACAAUAUUUCAAAACUUGCCUGUAUUCACGAUAUAUAUCAGAUUAUAAAAUUAAAAAAAUGUGUACGUGAGAAUGAAAAAAAAUUCUUAAAAGAAAUCUGUAAUACCGGCGUGUAAUACCAUUGCAGCAGUACUCUUUAAUGGUCAAGUGAUUCUAAAGCGCAUGUCCAACAAUACAAGGCCACACUGACCUGACUCAAAUCACAAUGCCAAACAUUCUUUUUUGAAUAGUUCAUUCUAUAAAUAUUCGUAAACAUAUAGUAUAAACUACAUCUAUUACAAAGGAAAGGCAACAAUUUAAAAAAAAAAAAAGAUUUGAAUUUAUCGUUUAGAUAAAAUAUCCGACAACUUUCCCCCUGCGUUUUAUUGAACGCAAGCAAAUCGAUACCGAGUUCAUUUUGUGUAACAUACCCAGGUUGCAUUCCUGGAUUCGACAGGAAUUUUUAAGGAGGGAUAACACGCCAGAGAAAUUAGUAAUGCACCCAAAGCAAAGAGUAUGUACAUUCAUAUUUUGAAAAUCAAAAUUUCAAAAAUUUACUUUAUAUGGUAUAAAAUGUACAGUUUUAAUACUGUAUAGUCGCUUCGAAAAAUUACAUGCGAGAUUCGAGAGUAUGACCUACAUAUCCACAACUGAAUGCGUUAACCCGGAGUGAACCGGCUAUGCAAUAUAAAUUUUAAAAAAGACAACGAAUACAUCAUUGUAUCCACGAUAUCUAGCUAGUCUUCAAUUUGUGUUUCGAAAGGAAGUCAGCCAUUUUGACAGUGCGAUAUUCCUCCUUAAAGCACAGCAAACAUCUCUGGAGCUAAUUGCGCUGUCGUUUAAAUUUAUAGCACUUGAAAAUCCGUAAAACUUACCGGUCCACCCUACGGUAUAUAAAAGUAUCUAUGGAUUGUUCUUAAUUUGGAGGACUUGUGAUAAGUUGGAAGAAUUAACGAGUAGCACAUCUAUUUGAAGUGAACUAUAAACAUGAAUGGAACAUUCACAAAUCCGGGAUUUUCAGUAGAAGAUCCAGAACUAGGAUCGAAGAGGAGUCGAAAGAAUAGCGGUUUGGACGAGGAAUUGGAACCUGUGACCUUGACAUGGAAAGACGUCAAUGUAUACGCAUUGCCGAAAAAGGGCGGAUGUUGUAAUCGAGGGAAUGUUUCAUCCUCCCCAAAGCAGAUCUUGUCCAAUGUGAGCGGCAUGAUAAAACCGGGGAAACUAAUGGCUGUCAUGGGAGCCAGUGGAGCCGGGAAGUCAACUCUGAUGAACGUCCUGACCUACAGAAACAGGGGCUCCCUCAUCUUACAGGGAGAUAUACGAGUGAACGGGGUGGUCGUGGACAAAACCAAAAUAGCCAACAUAUCCGCAUACGUACAACAGGACGACAUGUUCAUAGGGACGAUGACAGUACGCGAGCAUCUGACGUUCAGGGCGUUACUGCGUAUGGACAAAAGGAAAAAUAAAGCGGAAAGACUGCAGACAGUGGAAGACAUUAUACAUGAGCUAGGCUUAACGAAGUGUGCAGAUACGAUAAUAGGAGUACAGGGCCGUUUACGAGGCAUUUCCGGUGGAGAAAUGAAGAGGCUGUCGUUCGCAUCAGAGUUGCUGACCAAUCCGCCCCUGAUGUUUUGUGACGAGGCUACUUCCGGUCUAGACUCUUUCAUGGCGUACAGUGUCAUCCAAGCCUUGAAAUCCAUGGUCAGAAAUGGCAGAACGAUUCUAUGCACUAUACAUCAACCGCCAUCUGAGGUCUUCGAAUUAUUUGACGAACUAUUCCUUUUAGCCGAGGGACGAGUAGCAUUUUCAGGCCCAAUUCCUGAAGCACUUGAAUUUUUUAAAAGCAAUGGUCACGCAUGCCCCAUGAAUUACAACCCCGCAGAUUACUUCAUUCUGACUCUUGCCAUUGUACCCGGGAAGGAAGCAGACUGCAGAUCCAGAGUCAAGAAUUUAUGUGACGGUUUUGAAGCAUCAGAACCAUUUAGAAAAAUGACAGAAGAAACGAACCAUAUUUCUGAUCACCGAGAAGUGUCACAAAGAUUUAUUAAAGACACCCUGAGCAAUUCUUCGAGGUACGAAGCCUCCUUCAGUCAACAAGCCAAAUCCGUUUUCUGGAGGAGCUGGAUAUCAAGCAUUCGUGAUCCACUCAUUGUUAGAAUCAAAUUUGUCCAAACCAUAUUUUUUGCGGUGAUACUAGGACUGAUUUACCUGAAAACAGACGAUGAUUACGACCAGGACGACAUCAUGAACAUCAACGGGGUCAUCUUCGUGAUCAUCACAAACCUAAGUUUUACCAACAUUUUCUCCGUCCUCAAUGUCUUUCCUUUAGAAGUUCCCAUUUUCUUGAGGGAGUAUGGAACGGGGCUCUAUGGGGUCGGUGUUUACUACCUCAGCAAAACAUUUGUGGAGAUACCUUUCCUGAUUGCCAUGCCUGUCAUUUUUAUGUCCAUACUUUACUGGAUGAGCGGUUUAAAUCACGAUGGUUCUGUGUUUCUGAUCGCCACAGGAAUAGCCAUCUUGGUAUCCAACACAGCCGCCUCGUUUGGUUAUGUGGUGUCGACAGCGGCGCCUUCAGUGACAGCAGCACUAGCUAUAGCCCCCGCUCUGAUGAUUCCAUUUCUCUUAUUUGGGGGAUUUUUUCUUAACAGUGGAUCUACCCCGGUUUACCUUAUAUGGUUGAAGUAUCUCUCAUGGUUUUCGUAUGGGAACGAGAUGAUGGUUCUUAAUCAAUGGGAUGGCGUGACCAAUAUCACUUGUAGUUCCAACACAAGGUGCAUUUCCCAAGGUGACACAGUCAUUGACAGUUUAAGCUUCGACAAGGACAACUUCUACUUAGAUCUGGGCCUCAUCUUUGCCCUGCUUGUGGGAUUUAGGCUGAUUUCAUUCAUAACUCUUUACAUAAGAGCAAAAAGGUCAUCAUCUUGAGACUCUCAUCUGUAAAAUGUUGUGUGAAUUUCUUCUCCCUGUGAUAUGGAACAUAGACAACAGCAUGCCGUAAACUUUGAUUCUUAACAGAUGGGCGUCACACGCCACGAGAUAAUAUAUACCUAAAAAAAAUCAUUGCCAUACCUAAAUUGAUUAAUAUAAUUAGAGAAUUCGUCGCUUGUCAUAGCUGACCGUGGCGCGAUUGUGAUAUAUACAUUGUAGUUGCAGGUACAUACAUGACGUCAUGUUCACUCCGAAUACCCUGCCUCUGAAAUUAUUUUUCAUUGCCUGAAAUUACAAUUCUCGUCGUUUACUACGCAUGACAAUGGUACCGUUGUUGCACCUGCCAACACAACAUGCACCUUUAGAUGUAAACGGGAGAAAAGCAACAUAGAAUAUAUGCAGUUACAAUAGAAGAAACGUACUGUAUACAGUGAAUUUUGCUAGCCUAUUAUACUUCAUUUUCAUUUCCCGAAAUAUGGCAUUCUUAUCUAUUAGGAGACAACUUAAUUAAUCAACACUUUAAAAAAAAACGAACAUAAAAAAAUGAACAAAAUAAAAUAAAUGCCUGCUUUAUGAUGAAAUCGUAGCUUGGUCUUGCGUGUUUAUGGAAAUAUACCUGAUAUUUACAUGUUUUGUAUUGAUCCACUAUAUGCGUGAUAUUUUGUACACAUGGGUGGGCGUUGGUCGGUCAUUUUAACACAAAUACAUGCCUAUCAAUCACAGGCACUUGUUUCAUACAUGAGUCUCCCCUCCUAUUAUUAAGGAGGGGGAACCAUGUAUGAAACAAGUGCCUGUGCUGUCAAUCUACAUAUUGUGCUGAUAAUUAUUUAAACAUUAGAUACUAAUAUAUGUAAGGAUGCACAUAAAUGUAAAUUGGCCAAAUAACCUAUAUAGUGUGUGGGCACUCAUCGAAUUUACUCUCUAGAUUUAGUAUGUCGUUAUCUGCCUUGCUUUAAUAUAAAAUAAAACGGCCAAUGCCAACAAGAGUGUUGAACCCGCCAGACAUUUAUCAUUAUGAUUUUUUUUUAUUAAUAGCAGCCAAUUAUAUUACAUGAUAUUAUAUGAUCAAAGUAAAAAUGAAGUUUG